ACUUCUAAAUUAGAUACUCCAUUUUGACGAGGAAUUAAAAAAAAAAUAAAAAAAAGGAAAACAGAAGAAAGCGAAAAGUAAGACAGAUGGACCCACGUCAAUCAAUCGUCAAAACAGCCGGAAUCCGCAUGCAUCUCUUCGGAAACUUACUUUUCCCUUUUCCAGUUCCGUUUUGUUUUACUGUUCUCUACGAACCCUUCUUUAACUUCCCAUAGAAGUUUUCCUGCUUCCAAAAUCUCAGUUUUCAAACAAAAUUCUCCGUUUCGGCACUCUUGUUAACUGUUAUUUUACGCUAAAUUCUGAGUUUUCCCCCUCUCUGUACUGUAUUAACUGUUAAAUAUCUGUCUUUUUUUGUUUGUUUGUAUGUAUGUUGGUGAAGCAAUAUGGGUGUACUGGAAAAGAUAUCGGAAGCAUUGCAUAACAAUGAGGAGAAAACGGUGGAGUUAAGUCAAAAAAUAUUUAAGUUAAUUUCGGAAUGGGCAACUCUUGAGAAGGACUUAAAUUUAUCCAGCAAGUGUUUGAAGGAAUGCUUCAAUGAGAUGGAAUCCAAGGAGAUGCAUUUAGGAUCAGUUCAAGAAUCAGUGGCGGAGAGCUUGAAGGAACUCAAUGCUAUUAGGGAAUCAGUCGAACUAAAACGCGAAGAAGUUGAGAGGAAAGAGGAGGAAUUGGAGUUGAAGUGGAAGGAUUUGAGUUUGGCACGAAAAGGGUUUGCUGAGACUGUGAAGUUAAGGGAGGAGAAGCUGAAUGAUCAGGAGAAGGUGGUGGAAAGGCUUUGGGAUGAGGUUGAAUUCGAGCGGAAACAAACAGGCGUGUGGAGGAAAAAUUAAUUCAAAUUAGGUUG